AUGCCUCGGCCGAGCGCGGCGCAGCUGUGCAUAACCAGGGAGCGACCAGCGUACUACGCGGAUGGGAGGAGAACGAAGAAGUGCACUUUUUACGUUCACGAUGUUUUGCGUGACAUUUUGGGCUGCGGUGCGCGCCGCUCGUCCGUUUCGCCCGUCACGAACUUGUAUCCCGGCCCAAUCAUGGCCGUGAGAAAGUUUACUCGCGCCGACCUUUACCGGCGCUCGCGCAUUCUUUCGUCAGCGCCGACCUCAUCACAAUUGACCUGCCUACUCGCCGCCACGGCCAUCGUCGUCGCUGAUUCGAGGUUGAGACCCGGACUGUCGUUGACUCGUCGUUGA